AUGGCCAGGCGUAAUUCUCGGAUAUACGCUGAAGAGGCCAUCUUCUUUGACGAAUCAAGCUACACCUCCUCUGCGUCCUCCUCGUCCUCUUCUGGGUCUUCAUAUCAGUCCAGACGGAGUUCGCGGAGUUCAUUCAGAGAAGACUUGUUUCAGUGUGCUACGGAGAUGGAAGAAGGACUGCGCAAUGGCGCGCCCAUCAAGGACACAGUUGCUGCUCUGCGCUAUCAAGGCGGCAUCGGUAGUGCCAGAGAUGUUGCUGUUCUUGAAAAGUCAGCCAAAGUACCGACACUACUCCCUACUAUUCAUCAGUCGGUCGAGUAUCCUGUCGUACCCCUGGAAGGCCGUCCUCUCAACUUUGGCGUCAUUGUCCCUGGUUUCUAUCGCAGCAGCUACCCGAAGCAGCACGAUUUUGAUUUCAUCAAGACGCUCAAUCUCAAGACCAUUGUCACCCUGGUCAAGAAAGACGAGCUCGAGGAUGACCUGUCAGCCUUUGUCGACAUCAACGGCAUCCGCCAAGUCACGUUUGACAUGAAGGGCACCAAGAAGGAGGCCAUCCCACUUGAUACCAUGGCCGCCAUUCUUCAACUUACCCUCGACAAGCGAAACUAUCCCCUCCUCAUCCAUUGCAACCACGGCAAGCACCGCACCGGCUGUGUUGUUGCUGCCGCCCGCAGAGUCGCCGGUUGGGAAGUUGACCCGGCCUUGGAUGAGUACAGGGCAUUUGCCUCCCCAAAAAUUAGGGAGUGCGAUAUCGACUACAUCAACGCGUUUCAAUCAUCAUUGAUACCCAGAUUCGAAGACGAGAUUGUUCCGCAUAGUCCUGUCCAAGUCAGGACUUUUAUGCGCACGCUGCUGUUUUCAACAGUUGUCGUUGUAAUAUGGAUCGUUUCCGGAACGCAGAUGACUUCGGCCCCUGCUACUGUCGAAACCUUUUGA